AUGUUAUUACGAAAUUUUUCGUCAAUUCGAAUUUUCACAUCGAUAUUACGUAGAAAUCAUACAUUAAUUAAUCACAAACUUUAUCCAUUACAUGAUCGUAAAUCAAUUGAAUAUAAUCAAUUAAUAUUAAAAAGUCGUCAAGAAUUUAUUUCAACCGGUUGUUUAUAUCUUCCUCAUUUUUUAACGACAGAAACUCGUUCAACAAUUCUUAAUGAAAUUAAUUCUAUAUUAACUAAUUCAUCACAAAAUUUAUAUAAUUCCUACGUAGAACAUACAGAAAAUCUAUAUAAUACAUCAUCACCUGAAACAAAUUUAAAUGAAAUUGAGUCAAGUAGUAAAACAAUAAUUGCAUUUGAUCAAAUUUCACAUGAAUCUCUUCUUCGUAAAAUUUAUUCAUGGAAUCCAUUAAUCGAUUUUAUAACAGAUGUCAUUCAGAUUUAUCCAAAUCUUUAUCCAAGUUGUGAUGAAUUAGGUGCUUUAUAUAUAAAUAUUUAUCGUCAAUCAAAUAAACUUAGUUGGCAUACUGAUCAUUCACAUUUUUUUGUGAAUCUUAUUUUACAAGGAGCAUCAAUUUCUAAUGAAGGCCUAUUCGAGUAUAAAACAAAAACUAAUAAUGAAAUAAUCAGUCGAACAGAUUUUCAAGCUGGUGGUCUUGUACUUUUUAAUGGUCGAACUUAUUCACAUCGUAUAACUGAAGUUCGUUUAUCGAAAUUACCUCGUAUUAAUGCAAUUCUUACGUAUGAUUGUCAUCCUAAUCAUCGUUUAAGUAAUUAUGUUUUGCGAAAAUUUUUUGGGCGUACAACGAAAAAACAAUAA